CCUCCGCGGCCCCGCAGCGCCGCCUGGGCGGGUCCGGGGCGGCCGCCGCGACCCCGGGCGUGUGUCAACGCCGCCCCGCGCGGCCCGCGAUAGGUCCCACCCCAGCUCGGCGACCUGCGGCGCCGGGGCGGGGAGAGGAGGCGCAGGAGGGCGCGCGGUAGCUCCCGGCCGGUCGGCGCGCUGGGAGACCGCGGAGGCCCCGGCCGGGGAUGUGGGCUCCGGGCGGCCCCGCAGGGCCCGCAGGCUGGGACCGCCGAAGGGUGGGCGCCAGGCUGCGCGCGGCGCUCGCGGGGCUGCACGAGCUGCAGGGACUGCGCGCCACACAGCAAGCGCGGGUGCUGGGCGCCCUGGCCAUGCAACACCCACCCGGGCCCGCCGCCCCCCGCGGGCCCCGCGGCCACGAGCUGCGGCUGGAGGCCGCGCUGGCCGCGCUGCAGGAGCAGCUGUCCCGGUUAAGACAGCAGGAUGCCGGCCUGAAGACUCACUUGGACCAGCUGGACCAGCAGAUAAGCCAGCUGCAGCUGGACGUGGGUGCACCCCCAGGCGAGGCCCUGGACAGUGACAGCAGGCCCAGCUCAGGCUUCUACGAGCUGAGUGACGGUGGCUCCUGCUCCCUGUCCACCUCCUGUGCCUCAGUCUGCAGUGACUGUGUCUCUCCCUCCCUGGUCAGUCUGCUACCUGCGGCCCAGCCCUCUAAGGCCAGGCCCUGCAUGGGGGACUGGCGGCCCCGGUCAGCUGACGAGAUUUCUGUGCCAGCAUGGAGACCCCAGGCCACCGAGGAUGGCAACAGGCCCCUGGGCAGUGCAGGGGACACAGACCUGCCACAGGGCAUGUUCCGGCCCAGGCCAGUGUCUACAGGUGAUCUUGACAGAGCCCAGUCGGCUGACACAGGGCUGCAGAGUGCCAGUGCUGACCCCCAGACCCCCUCAAUCCUCAGCCAGGGGACAGAUGCAUCACCCCACGCACUAGACCCCCAGUACCAGAGGGACCUGGUGUCACAGGGAGGCAGGGAGGUGUACCCGUAUCCCAGCCCCCUGCAUGCAGUAGCCUUGCAGAGCCCCCUGUUCGCUCUGGCCAAGGAGAGCCCGCAGGGUGAUGGUACCCCGCCCCUUAGGAAGUCCCUUCAGGGCCCUGAAAAUCUCUGCACCAUCCAGACCGGACUGGUCCUUGAGGCUGCCCCUGCCAGGGCCUAUAUCAAUAGGCUGCUGAGUCUGCGGGGCCACGGGACCCCCCCAAGGAGCAGUGUGGAUGAGCAGAGCCCCCUAAGACAGAAGGUGUCCCCAUCCCCACAGGAGCAGGGUGACCAGAGGAUGGACAAUGAAGAUCAGCUCCAGAAGCCAGUCUUAGAUCCAGGGAGGGGAGCCAGUGGGAGUUUCCCUCAGCAGCAGGGACCUCCACCGCCAGUGGGUGCCCAGCAACUGGUCAGUAAGUGGCCAGGACACCCCAGCAGCCUUCCAGAGGAGGAAGCCAGACCCUUGAAUCACUGUGUCCUAGGGGAGACCUCUCUGAGCAUCCCGCUCUGCUCCAAGCCCUGGCAGCCUCCCUCGGAUGACAGCUGUGGGCAGGGCAGAGUUGUGUCACCAUCUCGGAGGGUGGACCAGAGCUGCCCCCAAGCCUCGGGGGCCUUCCCUGCCAGAAAGGCCCCCUCCACCCAGCUGGAUACAGGGCCUCUCAAGGCAAAGGCUACAAAGGUCAAAAAAAGGUCCAGUGACAGGGCGCUGAGGCUUGGGAAGCAGAUGCCCCCAGCACCAGAGAGACAUCUGGGUGUCUACUCAGCCCUCUGGCUGCCCCCAGAGUGGGCUCCUUACCCCUGGACCCAGGAGAUGAAUGGGCUUAGGAGAUCGGCCCUGGCCAUGGAGGCGCCUGGGCGCUCCUGCUCCGAGUCCACCCUGUACCCCGCACCCUUCCUCUUGCCCCUGCUAGUGGCCCCAAGGCAGGGGUGCGGGGCGGCACCGGCCCUACUCCCCUUGGGAGCUGUGCCUGUCAGCCGGGCGGCCAGGCGGAGGCAGCGCCAGUGGCAGUCCUCCGUGGACAUCUCAGCCAAAGCCCACCUAGCCCACUGUCCGGAGCCCAGCCCAGGCAUACCCGGGCCCUCGGCCUGGAGAGCAGGUGGCCCCCGCGCCUGGGGCAGGCCCACACAGGCCCAUCAGGACGCCUGCACCAGGAGUGAGUCGGACCCCUCUGAGCACUCCGUGGACUGUGCCUCUCCGCUCCACUCCACUGUUGCAGAAACCAGCGGGGAUGAGGCCAGUGACCACACCGUCAAUUGUUUUGGGGACCGGGAGUCCAGCGGGAGCGACUCAGAGGGCGGUGUCCAGAGUGGCGGAUGCAGCUUGGCGCUGGACCAUGGAGUGUCCAGGCGCGGGCAGCGGGCCCGGCUCCAGGUGGGACCCCCAGCGGGCUCCAGGCCACCCCUGCCCCCUGUGCCUAAGCUGAGCCGCAUCAAGGCCUCCAGGGCCCUGAAGAGGAGGAUCCGCCGGUUCCAGCCGUCCUCGCUGAAGGUCAUAACCCUAGUGUGAGGUUCCAAGACCACUGUGCCCGGGCAGGCUCUCAGCCCUCCAGCCUGUGAGAAGAGCAUGGGGAGGCCGGUUGGAGUGUCUGGAGACUCUGCCCUGUGGAGCACAGCCCUGAGUGCUGUGGGCAACUGUCCCCACCCAGUGAGGACUGGAGGUUUUAGAUUUCAUAAGCCACCCUGGCCACUUACUGACCACUUGCAUCUCCCCAGGAUAGGCCUGUCUCACGGGGCCUCCCUGCUCUGUGCGGGACCCCAGAGGUUGCUUUGUCCACACUGCUGCCCUUGGCUGGGCC